GCGGAUCCUUCGAGAUCCUCCAGCCGCAGAAUGGAAGCUACUCAGUCUGCGCCUUUGCUUGCCUCCCCGUCUUCCUCUCCGACUUCCCCUGUUUCAUCAAGCCAGUCGUCGGAUCGUAUCGCCGCAGGCGCCGCUUGUUCUCCCGUGGGCCAUCAACGGUGUGUAGCGAGUGGCAACUCGGCUGAAUGGGCGACCUGUGACUUUGGGGUAUGGCUUGUACGCUCUUGCGGCACAGGACUGAUAUGCCGUGAUGAUCAGGCCCCCUUGGUAUGUGAUUUCCCGCUAGAUCCAACCCAUCAACAAAUGGAACUUUAUCAAGCAGAAAUAGCCUGAUGAUGGGGUGGC